ACGCAAUGGACUUUUAGUUGUUCCGUGGACUUGCCCAACAUUGUGCGCGCCUCAACGCGAAGCCACAUUACGCGCACGUCAUACACUACUUACUCAUCACUUCUAAAAGCACAGCGCAGCGACAGCGUUGCAGCUGCUUCUUUUUUUUUGUAUUUGUUUUUGUUUUGUGCGCGUGUUUUAUUAUAUUCAUAUAUAUAUACUUUUUUUUUGAUGAUUGCGUUCUCGAUAAUUUUGCAUUCGGUAGUGAACGCGUCUUAUCGCAAGAAGGCAGUGUCGACAGUCGUCAGCCGCACAGCGUCAAAGCGUCACAGUUGUAACAAAAGCAAAAAUUAACCACCUUUCAAGCGGUUUGAGAUUGUGUGAGCAGGAAGGUAGUUAGAAAAGGAAAAUACUGUUUAACAACAACAACAAAAAAUAAAAAAGUAUAGUGUUCUACUGAAAACAUUUUGUUAGCAAUUACAUAAGACUUAUUACUUGCGUUAUUUGUGUUUUUGUUGUAUUUGCUUAUUUGCUUUGAACUGCUUAAAUUGUGUGUUGUUGACGCAGCUCGUGGCUCGUGUUAAUUACACACAUUGGAAACACGCGCUCAAGUGCCUAAACCAACAAAGUGCGUGUGGUCCGAAGCGUCGAUUGUUGCGCUCGUGCCGCGCUUGUCAUUCGACGGAAGAAACAGUUUGCGCCCAAGUGCCAGUUAAUUGCCGACGCGGCGCCGCCUCACCAGCCGCGACUAUAGACCAAGCAGCCACACGAAGCUUGUUAGCGCGCCACCAGGAUUUUUAUGUGUGAUCUAUUGGUGUCUCAGUUGCGGCAGCGCGAAACCGCAAACGACCAAUCAUCUCAGUGACCACAAGGCUGGGCAGCGCUUGGAAGCGCAUACGCAGUUGCAGGCAGUGCAAAGUAGGAAGUAAAAAUAUAGAUAAUUAUUUCGAAAACAACAAAAAACAUUCGCACAUACAUUCUUACAACAAAAACAACAAGAGGUUGUUGUUGCCAAUCAAUUUGUUUGUUAAUAUGCCAGCGGUUUUUGCUUGCCUUUAGCGCUGCGGUUGCAAUAGUGUCUCGCUACUUUCUUGUUGUUUUUAUGCGAACGUCAAAUUCGAUUUUUAUGACUUUUUGAGCGCGUGACUAAGCGGUGAUUUAUGGUGGCGUGUUGUUUUUAAUAUUCAUACACUCGCCGUGGCAUCCACAAGCGAACGCAGCAGCAUGCCAGUGAGGCAGCAAUAAGAAGAGGAAGAAGAAGAAAGAGAAGAGCUACAACAACAACAACAACAACGCGAUCAUUCUCUACCCACAAUUUAACGGCUAAAAGAACGAAGCGCUAGUGGUAGAAGUCAUAUUAACAACAACAACAACACCAAAACUAACAACUACUACUACAACAGCUAUCACAACAACUGCCACAUCAUCGAUUGCCACCAGCAAGCUGGUCGUUAGCUUGCGUAGGUGCGCUUGCGCAGCAACUGGCAAUCACUAAGCAGCCACGGAGACAGGCAGCCAGCGAGUUAACCAACAGUUCGCUGUAUAUUGGGAGAUAUCCUGCUGCGCAUGCGCGAUGGACUCCUCCACAAGCCCGAAUGCCGCUGGCAACAGUAUGCAACAACACCAACUACAAAACCGCGUUAAGCAGCAACUGCAUAUGAAGCAACAGCAACAACAACAUGCACAGCUGAGACAGCAGUCACAACAGCAAUCACAGGCACAGCUAGGCAUGCAACAGGGUCAGCAACAGAAAUUACCACAACAACAACAAUUGCAAAAGUUUAAACAGCAAAUGCAAACACAGCGCCUACAGCAACAACAACAACAACAGCAACAACAUGCGCAAUCACAACAGCGACAUGUGCAUGUGCAAUCCUCAACGGUACAAUUUCCAGCUGCAACAACAAGAGCAACGAAUGCUGCCGCCACAACCGCUGCUUUGACCACUUUCAUUAAGGAGGAACUGUGCGCCGCCGAGCUGCAUGCCACUUCCGUUGCAGCGGCACUAGAGCAGCAGCAGCAACAACAGAGCAACAGCAACAAGAAUGCACAGAGCGCCAAUAACAACAACAAUAAUAGCAUUGUCGCCAGCGGCACACAUAGCCAGAAAACGAACUCUGCCCCGAACUGCUCCACCUCCGCCACGAUUUCUUCCCCAACCGUGGCCGCGCUGGCAUUGGCGUUGGCAAAAGAGGCAAAUAGCGCCGGCAGCGAACCGCAACUGCAGGACAACCACGGUCUCAGCAUGAACACGCCAUCCGCCCAACAAGCGUCAACGCUGCCGUCGAAUAAGUGCGACAGCGGCAACAAUGGCAACAACCACAACAACAACAACGUCAAUAACAGCGCCAACAACAGCAGCGCAUCAACGCUGGCAAAUGUCUCAACUACGAAUGACCUCGCCGCCGCGGCCGCAGUUGUGCUCUCCUUACAGGGCACCAUGGUCAGCAGCCUCCAGCAGGCCGCACUCCUCCCCGUCAACUCACCUGCUGCAGCGGCGCUCAAUCUGCAAGCGCUGGAGUCGUACUUGGCACUACAGCGCAUUACCGGCAAAUCGGAUGUCUUCCGCUUCAAUACCAUAAACGCCAACAACAACAACAGCAGCGAUGGCAGUGGCGAUGGCGAAACAAGUGCCAGCCUCACCACAAGCGGCAUCAAUGCAGAAGAAACCAGCAACAACAACUAUAACUUAACUACAACGGUAACAACUGCGGCGCCAGCACAACAACAACAGCAACAAGAGCUGCAAGCUGUGGACACAACCAACCUAUGCCUCGAGGCGUCCAAAACGCAACGCAACGCCAACACGGCAAAUGCUAUACAGACGCUGUUGCAAAGUGCGGGCGCCACCGGCACUGACCUCUCCACCAGUGACCUCGGCGAUUGUGACCUGCCGUUGCUGGACGGCGAAGAGGGACUCUCGUUUGAGGCUGCUGAGCUCGAGAGUAGCUACAACAACUUCAUAUUCAACACCAACGCGUUCAACUGCCUUAACCAGCAGCAACAACAACAGCAGCAGCUGAACACACAGCAACAACAACAGCAAUCCCUAUCGGCUGAGAUCGAAUCGAUUUCAUCACUACAAGCCACCAUGUUCCAAGACAAGCUGAACCAUCAACAGCUGGUCAUAAAUGAAGGUGCCGCUGCCAGCGCUCUGAAUGAGGCGAGCGCCAUGAAUGCUGGCAGUGGCGGUGCGGGCGGUACGGCUGUUGCUGCCGCCGCUGCCAAUUCACAGCGCGCCAAAAAGCAGUUCAUUUGCAAAUUCUGUAAUCGCCAGUUCACUAAGUCCUACAAUCUACUCAUACACGAGCGCACGCACACCGACGAACGACCCUACUCGUGCGAUAUAUGCGGCAAAGCAUUCCGUCGGCAAGAUCACCUCAGAGAUCACAGAUACAUUCACUCAAAGGAGAAGCCCUUCAAGUGCGCCGAGUGCGGCAAAGGCUUCUGCCAAUCGCGCACCCUCGCCGUGCAUAAGAUUCUACACAUGGAGGAGUCGCCCCACAAAUGCCCGGUCUGCAAUCGCUCCUUCAAUCAGCGUUCCAAUCUAAAGACGCAUCUACUCACGCACACAGAUAUCAAGCCGUACAACUGCAGCUCCUGUGGCAAGGUCUUCCGACGUAACUGUGAUUUACGGCGCCACAGUCUAACACAUAACCUCGCCGGCAUGACAGGCAGCGGCUUAGGUCCUGGCAACGAGCAUCUGCUCUCACUACCCGUCAGCGUUGCGGACAUUUUCCACACCACGACUGGCGGCAACAGCGGUUCCAUAACGGCGUCACGUAAUUUGGACGCGAAGACGGUCACUCUCUUGCCCGCUUGCACCAAGGUCGGUAAUACGUCGUCUAUAGAUCUGAUUGCGGUGACUGAUUAAGUGAUAAGGCGCUCCAGAGCAAGGGGAGCGCAAAACAUUUGGCCUUAUAUUUGUGAUCUACACUAUACUGCACAGGACCCUGGUUCGUUUACAUUAAUUAGUGGGUGUGAAAAGCUGGAAAUAAGUUCCGAGUGGACAUUUUUAUUUUUGCAUUUAACGUACAUAGUUUCUUUAAGCAUAUUUUUCGCGUACUUACUUAUAUAUAGAUUUAUAUAUAUUCUGGAUAUUACUAGUUUAACUUUAAGUCUCUUGCGAUUAUUAGGCUUCCAAACAAUCUUAUCGUUCCAAACGUUCGACACAUUAGGCUAGUGCAAAUAGGUGUGCGCUCUCAGCAGCGCUUCACAUAUGACAAUACACACACACUCUUACAUACAUAUAUAUACUUAUACUUGCAAAGGCAUAACUAAAAUGAACUUAGCAUAGCGUCCAUAUACAUUAAGUGACUAGCAAAGUAAGUUUAAGUUUAAUUUUUUUAUUUUUCGUUUUCGUCUCUAAGGAUAUCGCAAAUACUACCUAUACAUACUUACAAAAAAACACAUAAAUAAAUAUGUUUAGUAUUUUGGUAUAAGUAUUCCGGAAUUUACUAUCUGCGAAGUUGCAUUAUCUGUCCGAUUUCGUGUAUUUGAAUAAAAAUCUAACUUCACACAUUGACUUGAA